AUGCCGUUCACGCUUUCUGUCCCAGCAGGGACGAAACCCGUUGCAUCACGCCCGUAUCGUAUCAACCCGUUGAUGCAAAAGAAAGUGGAUGCCGUUUUGGACCAGUAUUUGGCGGCAGGGCUCAUUCAACAUUCCACAUCUCCGUGGGCUUCUCCUUUAGUUGUCAUCCCCAAGAAGGACGGAUCUGUUCGCAUCACCGUCAACUACAAAUGUCUCAACGCUCUGGUAGAUUUGGAUGGACAACCUCUCCCUCGAGUGGACGGUAUCUUGGAUUCUCUGUACACCGGGAAAGUGUUCUCCAUCUUCGACCUCAACUCGGCUUUCCACCAGAUCGUUUGUGAUGAAGACACUGUCCCGCUCACCGCCUUUUGCACUCCCACGCAGUUGUUCGAAUGGCUUCGGAUGCCGCAGGGCGCCAACGCAAGUCCGUCUUGGUUCGUCGAGGUCAUCAACAGAGUAGUGCACGGUCAGGAGCGUGAGCUUGCUUAUCUGGACGAUGUCAUCUGUUUCGAUCAGGAACCUCUGGGACACGUGAUGAACUUGAUCGAGUUCUUCAAACGACUGCGACAGUACAACCUCAAACUGUCUCCAGGGAGGGCUCGCGUCGGCGCCACGCACGCCAACUUUCUCGGUCACACCAUCUCUCCGGCAGGUGUUAGCCCUGAUGGCGUCAAGGUUAGGGCGCUCACGCACAUGCCGCCGCCGACGAAUGUUAAGCAGCUUCGGAGCCUUCUCGGUGGACUCAGUUACUACCGGAUAUUCCUCAAGAGUCUCGCCAUCAAGGUGCGGCCUCUCAACUCUCUUGUCAAACAAGGCGUCCCCUUCAAGUACACCCCGGGCAUGGUCAAGCGUCUGCUCGAGCGCUUCUACUGGUGGAUUGGUUUGGAUCGUUCCGUGCGCUGGUGGCUUCGGGCGUGUUUGGUGUGUCAAGCUCGCAAGACUUCACGUCAGACUGCUCGGUGGCCCGUGAUCGCUCUGCCAUUGCCACAGGGGCCUGGUACGGUCUUCGGCGUCGACUUCUUCGGACCUCUGCCAGUGACUGCCAAGGGCAACUCCUACAUUUUGUUGUUCACAGACCGUUUCAGUCGGAGAGCCGACAUGUUCGCAGUUACAGCGGCGGAAUUUACGGCGAGAGGGACGGCUCACAUCUUCGUCAACCAAUAUAUGACCAAGUGGGGAUGUCCGACUACGUUAUUGUCGGACAACGAACUGCAUUUCUGCUCAAAGCUCUCCAUGGCAAUCUACGAGGUGAUGAAGAUCAAGAAGGUCACGACCAGCUCCUACCACCCACAGACCAACGGCGGCAUGGAACUCGUCAACCACACGAUGGCCCAGAUGCUUGCGGUGGCCGUCAACGAACAGCAACACGAUUGGGACAUACAUCUCCCGCGCGUUGAGUUUGCCUACAACAAUCCCGUGAACCAGUCUACUGGAUUAGCGCCAAACGAGAUCCACAUCGAACGCAUCCCGCGACUCCCGCUUUCGGUCUUCGAUCGUCACACGGUGGGUGGUCAUCAAAGCUUGGCCCGCGAUCAACUCGAGUAUUGCAACCUGGCUGUCGAUCGCCAGCGCCGGGCCUACGAACUUGUCCGUGAAUACAACGCGCUGAAGAUUUCGCGAGUCGAACGCCGAAACUCAUCCCUGCUGGACGCCAUUCACAAGCUCCCUCAGUUUACCGUUGGCGGNGUCACACGGUGGGUGGUCAUCAAAGCUUGGCCCGCGAUCAACUCGAGUAUUGCAACCUGGCUGUCGAUCGCCAGCGCCGGGCCUACGAACUUGUCCGUGAAUACAACGCGCUGAAGAUUUCGCGAGUCGAACGCCGAAACUCAUCCCUGCUGGACGCCAUUCACAAGCUCCCUCAGUUUACCGUUGGCGGGUGGGCUUGGGUGUACUACACGCUGCUACGAUUCGACAGGGUGUGCAGAAGGACAGGGACCAACAGGUGCUCAAGGCCAAACUCGCACUUUCCUGGACGGGGCCCUACAAAGUUCUUGCGGUGGGUCCCACCUCUGCCGACGCCACUCCGGACGGCCGCCCGUUGGCGCGUAAACUCCUCUACCUGGACCUGCCUUCCGAUCUUUCCGGCCCGGCAGCUCGUUGUCGCGUGUCU